AUGUUUCCGACCGUCGCGCAGUUCUCUUCGGUUCAACCACAUCACCACCUUCAUUAUCCAUCCUACGAUACCCCAAACCAACCAUACGAUGCAAAUGACCCGAACUUCUCCAUUCAAAAUGAUCCCUCAACCCUUUUUCACGACCCAUCAUCCCGAACGCGCCUUCAGUUACCGCAGCCGGUCCAACGCCUCGACCCCCGCGAUGCCUUUGGAACGAGUUCGACUCCAAACUCCACAGCCGAACACGCACUGAGAAGGAAAACACCCAACGGAACUCUGGCUGCGGGAUACGAUGGCACUCCUGGCGAUACGACUAUUCAACCCGCCACCAAACACAUCCUGGUCUCCCCGAUGGACUCGGGUCAGUUUCUUUCUCCGCAGGCAGGUCUGCAGCCCGAGACUUGGUACCCGCCUGUUCUUGACCAGUCCAUUUCGACGCACCUAAACUUUCCACCCGUGUUCAAAAACGACGGCAGCAACCAGAUCGCCGCUGGGGAGGUGGUUCACAAUGUAAAUGGGACUAGUUGGGUUCGUCCUGUGAAUUACCCACCGGGAAUUGACUCGGUGCUCAAUCAAAGCCUUCCCUUGCAGGCGUCUCAGCGAUUGAUGUUGCAGAAUGGUUCCUACAUUCCGACCGUUCUGCCCGCCACGCUCCAGCAGUGCGUUGGGCCAACUGCCUCAGCUGGAUCUGGCCCAUAUGGCCCAUACUGGCCAGAUGGUGUUUACAUUCCUUACCGUCCUGCAGCCUUUCGAGAUUCACGCUUCGGUACCCCAACUCCCUCGGGAUCCCCCUUUUUCGACCCGAGUCAACUUAAACAAUCGACAUUUAAUCAACAACCUAUACAGCGCGAGAGGCACGUUGACCCGGCGCUUGCAUGGGCCCAAUCUGCUCCCGGCAUCCCUACUCAUGAUCAUAUGAUGAAGACACAUUUCCCACCUCGCCAUUCUGAUCAGCUACCUUACCAUGCUCGCGUCAAUAGACCGACGUCGGCAUACUCUACCAAUCCUCUUAAUAACGAACCUAUAGCUUGGAAAGGCAGAGCUUCCGCAAAUGAUUUCCAGGCUCAAGCACCCUCGGCAACCGUCAAUGUGGAGUUCAAAGAGAAAAUUCUCUCAUGGGCACAUAGCGUAUAUGUUGAUUUGCUUGCCACCAUCCAUCAAGCUCGCCGCAAUAGUAUUUCUAACGGCGGGGUUGAUGGCUCGAAUCAGCGCUUUUUAAAACCAAGCAUCUAUCCCAAACCCCCUCGUCAACCGGGUCUUGAUUUCUCACAAAGCACCGUUCCCGAAAUUACUCGACAUAACAGUUAUCCGUCCACCCAAUAUGACUUGCAACGCCAAAAGCUUGGCCUUUUGGCUAACCAGAGAAUGGGCGACGCCCCUCCCGUGUCUAUUAGUCGCGGGCAUGUCCAUGGUCGACGUCCAUCUUUGAAUCAAUUUUCUCAGCAUCGAAAUUCCGAUGCGCAGAUACGUGACACCGGACGUUUUCCAGGUGCAACCACGGCCCCUCGGUUUCCCGGAACUGUUUUCAAUGAGGGCUCCCCUGUGGCUAGCGCAGUGUCUGCUCUCGAGAUGUUGUCCCACCUCUGCAUGGAGAGUCGGUGGGAAUGGAUUGAUGGCAUGCUACUUGGUGGAUGCUUGGCAUAUGGUCUUGGUGACUAUCACAAGGCUAUGCGAUGGUACUCGCGAAUCAUUGCUCGCGACGCGACGCACGUGGAGGCUAUCUCUAACCUAGCCGCAACCUUAUUGGCCCUCGACCGUCGAGAAGAGGCUAUGCAAAAUUGGCUUCGGGCCGUGAAACUUCGCCCAAGUUUCUUUGAAGCGGUCGAACACUUGAUUGGACUCUUGUGUACCAGCCACCGUGGCAAGGAGGCUGUCAACAUCAUUGAUUUUGUUCAGACUUCCUUGCGGCAUCCUAAGGAUGGAGAUUGCUUCAAAGCCGACGAGCAUGCUAGUGAGCCAGAAAGUGACGCCGAUAGCAAUGUGUCUGAUAUGGGAAUGUAUGACAAAGCAUCGUUCGACUAUGAGGACGACAUGCGUCGUGUCCAGAACUUGAACCUGGGCUCGCCUGAUGGCACCGCAAUUGGGUUUGCAACUAGCGGAUAUGCUAUCUCUGGAUCGGACAAUGGCAGAAUGCUGGCUUUGGUCCAUGCCAAAGGCAAUAUGCUUUACGCUCUCGGCGACAACAAUGGCGCGGCAGAUGCAUUCGAGGACGCAGUUUUGAUUGCGUCAGGGAGAAGACGGCAUGGAAUCCAAAGUCUCAUCAAGCAGAUAUUUUCUGCGUUUUCUCACAGUCCCAACAGUGGCUACCAUCAGUCGCAGCCUGGCCCCAACGAGAGUGUUCUGCUAUAUCCUGACAGAGCCUUGCAGACAUCAAAGCUUGUCUUCCAAACGGGCGGAACACCCCCAGGUCUGAAGUAUGUGACUGAAGGUAUGUCUCGAAAUGCGGCCAUCUCAACGACCAGCAAUUCUCUCUUGUCCUUGGCAAAGAUCUACCAGGAUGGCAUGUCUACCGUCUCUUCCGGCCCACCGAGAUCCGCACCCGGAGUCCGAGACAUAUUGGCCCUUUAUUACCUCUCUCUAUCCCUUCAACCGAGUCCCUCUACCGCCAAUAACGUUGGUAUUCUGCUUGCUGGAAUCCAGAAUAACCCUCCCGCAAGAGGGCUUGUUCGCCCAAAUGGAGAAAGCCAGCAUCCCGAAAUCCCGGGCGUGAUGCCUGGAAGUGGCAUUUCAUUAGCGUUAGCAUACUACAAUUACGGCUUGCACCUUGACUCCCGACACGCUCAUCUCUACACCAAUCUUGGCAGUCUUCUCAAGGACAUCGGCCAACUCCAAGCCGCUAUCAAGAUGUACGAGCAAGCGGUCCAGUGUGAUGGCAACUUUGAUAUUGCACUCGCGAACUUGGCAAAUGCUGUGAAGGAUGCCGGACGGGUUAAUGACGCCAUUUCGUACUAUCGGCGCGCCGUCAAUGUGAACCCCGACUUUGCGGAAGCGGUAUGUGGAUUAGCAAAUGCUCUGAACUCUGUGUGCAACUGGAAUGGCCGUGGUGGCAUCACCAAUGGACAAGGGUUCUGUGACCGCUGGCACGUGAAUGAGCGGGGCAUGCUUCGCGAUGCCCAGACAAAUGAUAGCGGCGCCGGUUGGAUCAAGCGCGUCGUGGAUAUUGUUGAUCGGCAACUGAAGGAAGGAGAAUAUUGGGGCCGUGGGUUGUUGACUCAAAGCACAGCUGAGCAACUUGUCGCUCAGCUGACACCUAUAUUCGAUUCUGGUCGUUUUGCCUCGAGUCGACAAUCUUCCAUUGCCAAGAUUCUCCAGUCGUGGGCUGGGCAAAAAUGGGAAGGGUCCCGGAUCGUCCGGCUCAUUGAACGUGCUACGCGGGCACUAACGUGGCAGUGGUAUCAAGAUCGCUACGUCUAUGGCAAGGACUACCCCGUUUCCAAGUACCGUCGACCUCAGCUUCCGGCAGCACUCACCGCACCUAAUGCCCCGACGGUCCUACCUUUCCAUACCUUUACUUGCCCCCUCUCUGCGAAGCAAAUUCGUCAGAUCUCACAGCGCAAUGGCCUUCGAAUCUCAUCUUCGACUUUGAGACUGCCAUGGCUCCCCAGCACGGUGUAUCGACCACCGUCGCCACCCAAACCAUAUCUUCGAGUCGGCUAUGUCUCAUCGGACUUUAACAAUCACCCCUUGGCACACCUGAUGCAAUCGGUAUUUGGAUUGCACAACACGAAUCGAGUCAAGGCGUAUUGUUACGCUACCACUGGCAGCGACAAGUCCGUCCAUCGGCAGCAAAUCGAGAAGGAAGCUCCGGUAUUCCACGAUGCCAGUGGCUGGUCAGUGGAUCGACUCGUCCAGCAAAUUGUCGAGGACGAGAUUCAUAUUCUCAUUAACUUGAACGGUUACACCCGCGGGGCUCGCAACGAGGUCUUUGCUGCACGACCCGCACCGAUUCACAUGUCCUUCAUGGGCUUUGCCGGCACCCUCGGUGCAGAGUGGUGUGAUUACAUUCUCGCUGAUCAGGUCUCGAUACCUCCCGAAACAUUAAGUCCCGGGCAACGGUCGACCCACAUCGAGGAUCGGAUUCUCGAGUGUGACAAUGGCGAGGAGCUUGAGAACUGGGUCUACGGUGAGAAGAUUGUGUUUACACGCGAUACAUUCUUCUGCUGUGAUCAUCGACAAAGCGCCCCUGAUGCGGGAGAACGACUGAUGUCGUGGGAUGAUGAACAAAUCCGUCGCUGGCGAAUGCGAAAGGAACUUUUCCCAAAGCUCGGCGACGAUAAGAUCAUCCUUGGUAACUUCAAUCAACUUUACAAAAUUGAACCAACUACAUUCAGAACAUGGCUGCGCAUUUUGGCGCGCAUCCCAAAUGCCGUUCUUUGGCUUUUACGAUUCCCGGAACUGGGCGAACAGAACCUCCGCGAAACAGCCAAGGCGUGGGCCGGUGAAGAAACGGCGUCCCGCAUCAUUUUCACGGACGUUGCACCGAAAAAUACGCAUAUUGCUCGGGCCAAGGUGUUGGACUUGUUUUUGGACACACCCGAGUGCAACGCCCACACGACCGCCACUGAUGUUUUAUGGAGCGGGACUCCAUUGCUCACGCUUCCGCGAUACAAGUACAAAAUGUGCUCUCGCAUGGCGAGUAGUAUCCUCAGCAGUGCCCUCCCAGGUUCCGAGGAUGGCAUACAAGCUCGCGAGGAGCUGAUUGCCUCGUCAGACGAUGACUACGAGGCCAAGGCAGUCCGGCUCUGUCUGGAUCUCCAAUACUUGCCCUCCGGUGAAGGCCGCGCCAGGGGACGUUUGGCAGACAUGCGACAGAUGUUGUUUAUGCAACGAUACAAGAAUAAACUCUUCGACACGGCGCGUUGGGUUCGUGACUUGGAAGAUGCCUACGAGGCGGUUUGGGCGCAAUGGGUGAAUGGCGAAGAAGGCGAUAUCUGGUUAUGA